CUGUAAUGGACACAUGAUUGCUAUCUCUCUAAUUUUGGUAUUGCAAACUUGCAAUGGAACUUGGAAGUAUCCUUCAGUUUCUUGAGAACAAGACCAUUCUUCUCACUGGUGUAACUGGGUUUCUUGCUAAGAUUUUUGUAGAGAAGAUAUUGAGGGUUCAACCAAAUGUGAAGAAGCUUUAUCUUCUAUUAAGAGCUGCAGAUGCUACUUCUGCUAGUUAUCGCUUCCACAGCGAGGUGAUAGGGAAGGACUUGUUUAGAGUUGCAAAGGAAACACUGGGUGCAAAUUUCGAUGCGAUUAUAUCCAAAAAGAUUAUUGUUGUUUGUGGUGAUGUCUUUUAUGGGGACUUGGGAAUUAAAGACUCUUCUUUGAGAGAAGAGAUGAUGAAUGAAUUGGAUAUUGUACUUAAUUUUGCAGCCACUACCAAAUUUUAUGAAAGAUACGACAUUGCAUUCGGCACCAACACAAUUGGACCUAAGAAUGUUAUAUGCUUUGCCAAAACUUGCCUAAAAGUGAAGUUAUUUGUCCAAAUAUCUACUGCUUAUGUCUGUGGAGAAAGUUCAGGACUCAUACCAGAAAAACCUUAUCGCUUGGGAGAGACACUUAAUGGUGUUUCUGGGCUAGACAUUGAUUAUGAGAAGAAACUGAUUGAUACAAAAUUAGAUGAACUCAGAGCUCAGGGAGCUACAGAAACAGAAAUUAAACAUGCCAUGAAAGAUAUGGGCACCGAAAGAGCAAAGAGAUAUGGAUGGCCAAAUACUUAUGUGUUCACAAAGGCUAUGGGAGAAAUGCUUAUAGGAAACAUAAAAGGAAAUCUUGCUUUGGUGAUAAUACGUCCCUCUAUGAUUACUAGUACUUUUAAGGAUCCUUUCCCUGGUUGGAUUGAAGGAGCAAGAACCAUUGAUGCACUGACUGUUAGUUAUGGUAAAGGAAAAUUGACUUUUUUUGUUGUUGAUCUUGAAUCAAUUGUUGAUGUGAUACCAGGUGAUAUGGUGGUGAAUGCCAUAAUAGCGGCUAUGGUGGCUCAUGCAAAUCAACCUUGUGAUGAAGUCAUUUAUCAUGUGGGAUCGUCACUACAAAAUCCAAUGAGAUAUUCUAAUUUCAGAGAUUAUCUUAUUCAGUACUUCACAAAUAAACCAUGGAUGGACAAGAAUGGAAAGCCAAUCAAGGUCAAUAAACCUACCAUAUUCAAUAGCAUCUCCAACUUCAACAGAUUUAUAAAGAUUCGCUACUCGCCAUUAUUAAAGGUACUUGAAUUGGCAAACAUUGUAUUCUGCCAAUUUUUCAACACAUAUAACAAUCUGAACAGAAAAAUCAAACUUGUGAAGCAGCUAGUUGAAUUAUACAGACCAUAUCUAUUUUUCCAUGGAAUAUUUGAUGAUUCCAAUUUAGACAAUUUACGAAUCGCAGUUGGAAUGAAUGAUAUAGAGGAUGAUACCUUUUUCAUGGAUCCCAAGUCAAUUGAUUGGGAUAACUACUUUUUAAAUACUCAUAUACCUGGUGUGGUCAAAUUUGUAUUUUAACUAAAGUGCAAUUGGCAGUGUAAUAAUAUUUUGCCUUUGGACUUUUCUCUUAGCCAUUAAAUAAAAGUUGUUUGGAUGAGUUAUUAC